UGCUGCUGUUUAAAAGGUGUGAGCGGAUUAUUUUUUAAACUAAGUUCCUCGUUGUCAAGACAUCAGCUGAAAACGCGUUUCGCGACAACGAAUGUUGCUGGCCCGGUUUGGAUCUUUUAAAAUGACUUUCGUCAAAUGGUGAAAAUUAUUCCAGUUUAUCCUGACGCCACGGGGGAAAAAAAACGGCAGCUAACCUUUUCUUAGUGAUUCUUGAGGAUUUUUCCUUCCUAAGAGCGUACGAGUGUUGUUGUAUUUCUGAGGAAUGAGAUGAGAUGAGGCCCUGUCACUGUCUUGGCAAACUUUUCUUCGUCACGGGUUUUGUAGUAUGUGUGUUGAUGUUAUCCUCCAGGCAGACACCAAAUUCAGAUAAAUUGCCAUUGCAGCUGAAUUCGGUCUAUGAGAGGUUACUGCGGGCAGAACAACACGGGGAGGUCAUAUCACAAGAGCUGCUUAAAGUGCUGGGUCACCUACAAAACCGCAGCAGUGCUCUAUCUAAUCUCUCAAUCAGCAACUCCUCAGCUAUUUUAGAAGAGCGAGUCCUUCGACGCUUGCUGCCUUCACAGCCUAAUGCCCUCAUCUACUUGCCUCACCUGAAAGAGUACGAGGACAGUCUGAAACCUAUCGUUCACCUGGGGCAGCGGCGCACUGGAGGGUCUCUGGUGUUAGGAGUGCCCACAGUGCAAAGGCUGAAGCAGAGUAUGACCUCCAGUUCUCUUAACUUUCAACCCGAGAGGAAAGAUAUUGUCAUUGUAGUCUUUGUUGCCGAGACAAAUGCAACUUUUGUGAAUUCUGUUGUUCAGAGUGUACAGACCAAUCUCCCAGAUGCUGUGAGUUCUGGAAUGAUAGAGGUGAUCUCUCCAUCUCCUCACUUUUACCCAGACUUCAGUCACCUGAAGGAAACUUUCGGAGACCCCAAGGAGCGAGUCAGAUGGAGGACCAAGCAGAACCUUGACUACAGUUUUCUCAUGCUUUAUGCACAGCUUAAGGGCACAUAUUACCUCCAGCUAGAAGAUGAUAUUGUAGCAAAGCAAGGAUUCUUUGAGUCCAUGAAAAAAUAUAUAGAAGAGGUGAUUUCUCAAGAGUGGCUUUUCCUGGAGUUUUCCCAGCUGGGAUUCAUUGGCAAGCUUUUUCGCUCAUCAGAUCUGCCGAUGAUUGUGGAGUUCAUCCUGAUGUUCCACAAAGACAAGCCAAUCGAUUGGCUGCUUGAUCACAUCCUGUGGGUUAAAGUGUGUAACCCAGAGAGAGACUCAAAACACUGCAAUAAUGAGAAGGCCCGACUGAAGAGAACUUACAAACCCUCCUUGUUUCAGCAUGUCGGUUUGCAUUCCUCACUGCCCGGUAAAAUUCAAAACCUAAAGGAUAAGAAUUUUGGGAAUCAGGUGCUGUUUAAAGGCCACAAUAAUAACCCAUCUGCAGAAAUCAGCACCAGUCUGGAGACCUAUCAGUCUCACUCUCUGGAGAGAGCUUACCACGGACAGGACUUCUUCUGGGGCCUCACACCCAAAAGUGGAGAUUAUAUCCUCAUUACUUUUACCAAACCUCAAGCUGUCAAAGGGUAUCUUUUUCGAUCUGGUAAUAUUGAGACAAAUGGUGACAGGUUUUACAACACAACAGUGGAGGUGCUCCCUGCUAAUAAGUCUGUGAAAAAGAAGGUGGAGAGAAGAGAAUUAUCCUGCUGUAAACCCUCAUCCGAUGGCUUUGUUGAGAUAGGUUCUUUCAAAAAUGGAGUGGCUGAGGGAGAAGUGGAUGGAGCAUUAGAAGAAUUAUCGGCCAUGAGACUCCUGGUUCAUUCUGUUUCUGAUGUCUGGGUUCUUCUCAGUGAGAUAUUUAUUAAAGUUUGAUGAGCUGAGGAGAGAGGAGAAAUUUGAGCCGCAUGGUAACAUGUAACACCUUCUGCUGUGAACAACGGCGCACACUGCUGGUCUGGAAAGGAACCUCCCUAUACUUGAAUGAUUGUGAUAACUCUGUGCCAUGUUGCGGUCCAAAGUAAAAUACCAAAUUACAGGAUCUUUCAUAAUCAAUGUGCUAUUUUACACUGUCAUUUGUUUAUUGUGUUCCAUUAAGUUUUUGUUUGGUUGAUUUUAUUUUUGUCUAAAUUAUUUUACUUAUUUAAAUUCAUUAUUUUGUGUUGCAAAAACAACUUUAAGGGAUCACACACACAAGAUUGUUAAAUUAUUGAAAACAUUUAAAUGUCAAUAAAUGGCAGUAAUACCAA